AUGGGAAGAACAAAGGCAGUCGAGCCAGAUAACUUUCUGGUUGAGGUGUGGAGGGGUUUAGGAGAAGAGGGCAUUCGUUGGCUGACAAACCUCUUUAAUACAAUUUUGAGGACACAUAGGAUGCCAGAAGAAUGGAGGAACAACACACUAAUACCUCUAUUUAAAAACAAAGGCGAUGCGCAAACGGUACCGUGGUGCAUACUUUUCACUGACGACAUAGUGAUGGUAGCAGAAACUAGAGAAGAGGUUAGUAAUAAAUUGGAUGAGUGGGGGGAAGCUUUAGAAGUUAAAGGGUUGCGCAUUAGUCAUACGAAGACUGAGUAUUUGCGAUGUGACUUUAGUGGGACAGCACCGGUAAGUGAACAAGAGGUGUCCAGAGGAGAAGCAGUUGUUAAAUAUACAACCAAGUACAAGUAUUUGGGAUCGAUCAUUCAAAGGGAUGGAGAGAUUGAUGGAGAUGUAAACCAUCGCAUACAAGCAGGUUGGAUCAAGUGGCGUGCAGCCACUGCGGUGUUAUGUGAUAAGAAAUUUCCAAGCAAGUUAAAAGGAAAAUUCUACCGGACGACAAUCAGACCUACUCUGCUAUAUGGGACUGAAUGUUGGCCUGUUAAGAAGAUUUUUGAACAUAAGAUGGAAGUCACAGAAAUGCGUAUGUUGAGGUGGAUGUGUGGGCACACAUUGAUGGAUCGAAUUAGGAACCGAGAGUUUAGAGACAAAUUAGGGGUAGCCCCUAUUUCUGCUUUGAAAGUUCUAACAAAAGUUAAUUACUCUCUUGAAGGAACACAAGUGAAAGAGAAAGAGCAAGAAUGA